CUGGAGAGGAGCGGCGGCCGUGGGACCAUACGCUCUGAUGUGAGGAGGAUAUACCGGCCCCCGGACGGGGAGGGGAUACACCCCAGGGAGGCCUCGCGCCACCAUGCCGAGUGCGGUCCGGACGUCCUGCACGAGGCGCUGCAGGAGGCAGAAGUGUCCGUGGGAGACCUGGACAUGGUGGCGUAUGCGGCAGGGCCCGGACUGGGCCCGUGCCUGAGGGUGGGCGCCGUGGUGGCGCGCUCCAUAUCGUCAUACUACGGCAUCCCGAUAUACCCGGUCAACCACGCCGUCGGGCACAUAGAGCUGGGAAAGCUUCUCACCGGGGCAAAAAACCCCCUGGUGCUGCUGGUGUCCGGCGGCCACACCAUGCUGCUGGCGUUCAUGGUGGGCAGGUGGCGGGUCUUUGGGGAGACGCUGGACCUCACCCUGGGCCAGCUGCUGGACCAGUUCGGGAGAUCCAUCGGGUUUGCCUCGCCCUGCGGCAGGCAGGUGGAGGAGCUUGCCUUGGGGUCUGAUGUCUACGUGCCGCUGCCGUACACGGUCAAGGGAAACGACGUGUCGUUCUCCGGGUUGCUGUCAGCCACAAAGCUGGCGUCCAGGAACGGCCGGGAGGCGGCCUGCUUUUCGCUGCAGGAGACGGCCUUUGCGAUGAUGUGCGAGGCGGUCGAGAGGGCGCUGGCCUUUACCGGGAAGAGGGAGUUUCUUGCCGUGGGCGGGGUCGCGGCAAACAAGCGGCUCUCAAGGAUGCUGAGCCAGGUCUGCCGGAGGCACAGGGUCCGGUUCUCCGUCGCCCCGCUUCAGUACUCCGGCGACUGCGGCUCGCAGAUCGCCUGGACCGGGCUGCUUGAGGCCGGCGUAAAGGGCGGCGCACCGCUGGAGGAGACCUUUGUCCGGCAGUCGUGGCGCCUAGACACCGUGGACAUCGCCUACUAG